AUGCUUUUCACCUUCGACGAGGACCCAGAGCCUCCCGACGUCGCUCCCCCCGUGGCGUACGAAGGCCAACCUGGCCACCUCCACCCGCCAGGCUUCCAGCCCCAAGGAUUAAAGCCUCCAGGCUUCAAAGGCACACCCAGUACCCCAGACUCCAAAUUUCACCCAGACUCCAACUUUCACCAGAUGGAGUUUUCCAAAUCCCCUCGCAACCGAAGACGUUCUUCUGUCUACAGACGACUUUCUGUGCGGUCGACGUCGUCGGCAGGCGGAAUCAACAUUCCGUCGGGCUUCAACGAGGAAGAGUGUGCGGUGAAAAAGAGUUUGGGCGACUUUGUGCCCCUCAGGGUGCUUGGCCAGGGAGCGUAUGGCAAGGUGCAUCUUGUCAAGGACAAACACAACGGGCGGCUCUAUGCGCAGAAGCAGAUCAGAAAGCCCCAGAUCGACGUUUUGGACGAUACUGCCAGCCACGUCAAGAGAACGCUUGCUGAAAGACACAUUUUGACGCAGGUGACUCAUCACGCCAAUAUCGUCAAGUUGUUUUAUGCUUUACAGGACCACGACCGGUUCUACUUGCUUUUGGAGUACAUUCCUGGUGGAGAGUUGUUCUACCACUUGACUUGCGGCAACGCCUUGGGGAAUGUGUUCAAGGAAGACCAUGUGGCGUUCUACGCUGCCGAAAUGGCGUUGGGGCUCCGUCAUUUGCACCUGUUGGGCAUCGUGUACCGGGACUUGAAGCCCGAAAACUGUCUUUUGAACGCUGCGGGUCAUUUGGUGCUUACGGAUUUCGGCCUCUCUAAAGCUAUUUCCAACGAUGAUGAGUCUGCCUGUAGACUGAUCAUUGGGACCCCCGAGUACAUGGCGCCCGAGAUCAUCAAGGGCGAAGCGUACGACUACGCUGUGGACUGGUGGCUGCUUGGAUGUGUGAUAUACGACAUGAUGACGGGGAAACCGCCAUUUACAGGCAAGCUGCACGAAGUCAUCACCAAGAAGAUACUCCUGGCCAAGCUCAAUCUCCCCUUUUACCUUCUGCUCGAUGCCAAGGACUUGUUGAACAAGCUCCUUCAAAAGAAACCGGAGAAGCGGUUCCUGGUGGACGAGAAGUGGGACCUGUUUACAGGGCACCGUUUCUUCAGGAAAAUCAACUGGAGCGCCAUCGUCGCCCAGGACGAGUCGGUGGUGCCUCCGAUAAUUCCGACCAUUUCAGACCCAGAGAUGGCAGAAAACUUCUCUGAAGAAUUCACCUCAAUGAAGGUGAGCGACUACGAAGUUGCCACUGCACAAGCCUCGGGCUCACAGAUGAAUGGAAAGGAGCUUUUCCAGGGCUUUAGCUUUGCCGCCAGCGGCAGCUACAUCGACAAGUUUGGACAGAUGAGGUUGGCAAACUAUUCAUGA